AUUUUCAAGGAGAUUAAACUUUAACAUCAUCAAAUAUAAAAUCAUGUUCCUCCUUCCUCAGAGGCUCAGAUCUCUUUCCAACUUAGAACCUCAGAUUCUCUGUCUCUAUUAUAUAUAUGUAUAAAUAUAUUUAUUUCCAUUUCCUGAAUCUCUCUAUUCUGUGAGUCUGUUCCUUCCUUCCAAAAUGAGACUAAUUACUAAUGGGUUUUGUUUUAUGCACUUGAAAGUAAAAACCCAUUUGCUGGCUGUGAUUUUUUUUUGGUAAAGAUCUGAUAUCUCUUUCUCACCUAAAUGUGCUUCAAGGCACUGGCUUUUUCUUCGCCUUUCAACAAAUCUCAAACCUUUGGAUCUGACCACAUUCUUUCAAUCCCCUUCAGAUCCAUCUCCAAUGGCCAUGAUCUGACACACUGUCCUUGAUUUGUAUUCCUUUUGGGGGAAUAUAACAAAGGAGAAGAUAAAGUUUUAAUCUUUCGCCAUGUUGAAGCAAAUCUUGAGCAAACUCCCUAGGAAAUCGUUGAAGCCUGAGUCAGCUGAUUUAACUAGCCCUGAGUCGCAGUCAACUCAGCGAUCCAACGGUUCAAGCACGGGCUCCAGAGCCAAAUCCAAUGGUCCUAAACGGACUUCUUCUGCGGUGUUUCCAGCCAGUGUAGUGGCUGGGAUUGAGCCUCUGGUGCCAUUCAAGGACGUGAGCAGUGCAGAGAGAAUGAACCUGUUCGUGAGAAAAGUAAGUCUCUGUUGCGUAACCUUCGAUUUCACUGACCCAACUAAGAACACGCUAGAAAAGGAUGUAAAGAGGCAGACUUUACUCGAGCUCGUAGAUUUUGUGGCUUCUGGGUCCAUGAAAUUUAGCGAACCAGCCAUUUUAGCCAUGUGUAGAAUGUCUGCUGUUAAUUUAUUUAGGGUGUUCCCUCCAAAUUACAGGUCUAAUUCGAUCAGUAUGAGUGAAAAUGAUGACAAUGAUGAGCCAGUGUUCGAUCCCGCUUGGCCUCAUUUACAAAUUGUGUAUGAUCUGUUGCUUAGAUUCAUCACUUCUACGUGCUUAGAUGCCAAAGUUGCUAAGAAGUAUAUAGAUCAUUCAUUUAUAUUGAGAUUGCUCGACUUGUUCGAUUCUGAGGAUCCAAGAGAAAGGGAUUGUCUGAAGACUAUAUUGCACAAGGUUUAUGGAAAAUUUAUGGUGCAUAGGCCGUUUAUUCGAAAGUCUAUAAGCAAUAUAUUCUAUAGAUUUGUGUUUGAGACAGAGAAGCAUAAUGGGAUUGCAGAGUUGUUGGAGAUUUUUGGGAGUAUAAUUAGUGGAUUUGCCUUGCCUUUGAAAGAGGAGCAUAAGAUUUUCUUGUGGAGGGUUUUGAUACCUCUGCAUAAGCCAAAGUCUUUAGGGAUAUACUUUCAGCAGCUGUCUUAUUGUGUCACACAGUUUAUGGAGAAGGAGCCCAAGUUGGCUAGUAUAGUGAUUAAAGGGAUAUUGAAAUACUGGCCAAUAACUAAUAGCCAGAAGGAGUUAAUGUUUCUGGGUGAGUUGGAAGAGAUUUUGGAAGCUAUUAACAUGGUGGAAUUCCAAAAGGUCAUGGUUCCAUUGUUCUGGCGAAUUGGAUGCUGCAUUAGCAGUUUCCACUUUCAGGUGGCUGAAAGAGCCCUUUUCUUGUGGAACAAUGACCAAAUUGUCAACUUGAUUGCACAUAACCGGCAUGCGAUACUGCCUAUUAUAUUUCCAGCAUUAGAGAAGAAUGCUCAUAGCCACUGGAAUCAAGCAGUGCUUAACUUAACUCUGAAUGUCAGAAAAUUGUUCUCAGAGAUGGAUGAGGCGCUGUUCCUCUCCUGCCUUGCUCAGUUUAAGGACAGUGAAGAAAAACUAAGCUUGGUGGCUGAGAAGCGGAAGGUUGCAUGGCAACAACUGGAGAAUGCAGCCAGUCUCAAGCCCAUAACAGGGAAUACUGCAGUUUUGGUAACUCCUUUCGCAACGUCAAUAAUCUGUUAAGUGACAUUGCUAACGCGAUGUUGUGUCGAGUUCUUGUUGUUAUUUUCUCUCAUGAAGGUGGUGGCACUAGCAAGGCAAAAGUGAGAAAAAGGCGGGAAAAUUGUAUGAUAGGAAAAUUGCUGCUGUUUGGGAUUGUCGCCUUGUUCUGAUUGAUACUGUGUGGAUAUUAAUUGCUUCCCUUGUAACGUUAUGGGAAGGGCCAUGCAGUGGAUUAUACAUUUCUGUUCAGCUAAUUCUCUAAUUAUCUUUCGCUUUAUCUAUCUAUCUAUAUCUAUAUAUAAUGUGACUCUCUCUUUGUUUAGCA